AAAAAAUCAGACGGCAGGAACGAAAAAAACAAGAGAUACCUUGGAACUUUGAAUUUGGCUGCUGAAACCGCUAAACCCUAACCAGUAUCGUACAAUGGAAGAGGGGGAAGCCAACAAAGAAAUCGAAGUCGCUCCAGCACUGAUUUCAGUUCACCCAUCCCAGAAAUUUGUUGCCGUUGCCGUUGGACCAAGCUUCCGUGUAUUCGACCUUCAUGCGGGUUCUGCGGCUUCAUUGAUUGACGACUCCGGUGUCCCCUUCCAUAAAGUUAUAAGAGCUAUUCGAUUUGGUUCAAAAGGGAGGCUCUUUGUAUCCGCGGGAGAUGACAAAACUGUCAAAAUAUGGUCAACUGAAAAUUGGCGCUGCAUUUUUGUCCUCAGAAAGAGAGUUAGUGCAGUCGCUAUAAGCAAUGAUGGUUCAUAUGUGUUCGCUGACAAAUUUGGUGUUGUCUUGUGGAUGGAUCUGGAUAUGAUGCAACCCCACUUCUUUCUCAUUAUUGUAGUAAUCCUCACUAAUUUGGUAUUUUCACCUGAUGGUCGAUUCAUUGUUAGUGCUGAUCGGGAUUUCAAGAUCCGUGUCACUAUUUUUCCCAGCGAACCUUUAAGUGGAGCUCAUGAGAUACAGAGCUUCUGUCUUGGUCAUUCAGAGUUGUUUUCCUGCAUUGCCUUUGUUCAUGAUCAGGAUUGGCCUCGAGGCCUUCUCAUUUCUGGUAGUGGUGAUUCAACGGUCCGUUUGUGGGACACUUCAUCUGGAGCACUCCUGGAUACCUGUGAGGUUGCAGCUAAGGCAGGAGUUAUAGAGUCUAAUGAUGAAUCAGAGGAGCAUGCCUAUCCUGUGACUGACUUAUGCACUGUCAUGGAUGGGUCGCUUGUUGCAGUGGCCCUUCAGAGCUUGCAAGGAAUAAUAUUGCUGAGGUGCAACCUUUCUGCUCGAACGCUUUCUGUCGCCAAGGUUAUAUCUAUUGCAGAAGAGGCGUUUGUCCCUACCAGCUUGGGAACCAGCUCAUGUACUGGGAUAUUGUGGAUGGUAACGGGUGUAUCUAGCCUACCGGGUUUUAGCCAUCCCGCAUUGGCUCGUGUUCGGGUAAUUUCUGGUUUCGAUGUUGGACAAGACCCAGCCGUUGUUGAAGAUGAAAAGAUCCCUGGGGGCGAGACGUUGCUGGAAACAUUGCAGGGGAGCACAUCGUUUGAUGAGAAUGCUUUCUUGGCAGCUGCUGAAGCCGUCAAGACCGCAAUGUGCAAUCUAAUGAUUAAAAAGCAAUACUCUACAGAGAAUAGAGAAUCUAGGAAGAGGACCAGAAAUGAUAGAAAAUUAAAAACCCAGCGUAGUUAACCUAGGCUUAUGGUACUUUCUCCUUGUUACACGGAUAUGCUUGGCAGCCCUGCCAAGUUUGUUCCAAACUUCCAAUCUCCAGCCUCUUUAAAAGUUGUGUUUGUGAUCAAGUUUUGUUUAGUCUAA